AUGACUCGUAACUUGGAUAUAAAAAAAUUUGGUGGAAGCCCUAAAGGCACCAACGAUUCUCCGGGCCAGCAAAAGAUCACAACAACCAUCGCAAAACGCCCAGCACAAAAAGCCCUGCCUGCCUGCGGAGUGCGGGAUGCGCAGUUUAACACGAAGAUGGACGAAGAACAGUGGGAUGAAGUAAAAAAAGGGAGUAUUACUCCCUUGGAGCCGGUGGUAUUUUCCAGUUCUACGUCGCUGCGUUGCCAGCUGCUACAUCAGCUGCACGACAGCAUUGCCAGUGACUCGCAAUUGCCUCCACAGUUAUACAAGCAGGUUCUACUUCUGCUGUUCAGAACAUAUCCUGUCUAUAUCGACCGUGAAUCCCGCCAUGCUGCCCAACGCUGUGCGAAAGCCCUCUUCCCUUCGGUACCGAGUGUAGACCUUCCGGUCUUCUCCCAGCUCCUUCGAAAGGAAACGUCGAAGCCUGCAGUAGCGGCUGCGAAUGCAUUUGUCUUGGUAGAAUGGUGCGCUACACUGCUACAGCACCUGAGCACACGACUCGAAGAUCAUUCGCCCUUGGUUCUGGAGACAGUAUCUGGCAUCAGCAAGGCCCUUGACAUUUGUCUGGGGACUUCGAAAAAGCAGAGUCUGAGACAUUCUGCGAUAAUAGUGACUCGACGGGCAUUGCGUGCUGUAUUUUCUGCAGAACCGCAUGGCAGCAAUCUGGUGCGUGAUGUAGUUCUUUACUUGACGAAAGAGACGCCUUCAAGCUUUAAAAAUGCCCCUACACUAGGAGUUAUCUGUGGUGUUUGUGCUCGUCUGCCAAACAGGAAGAAUGACUUGGAUGCCGUGAAAGGUGAUAUACUCCAGUUCUAUACCAAGGAAAUCGUUGCCUCCAGGAGCCCAGUUCCUCGACAUGCCUAUUAUGGAAUCAGGGACCUAUUUAUAUCUUUUUCUACAAAGGAGGACCUCCAAAAGUACAUCUGGCCUGCUAUAGAAAAAGCCAUUCUCAGGAGCCCCGAAAUCCUUCUUGCCGGUGUACUCGCCUCUCUUAUUUCCGCAAUUCCUGGGAAUAUUGAUCUUUCUGAGAUUUUCUCUUCCUCCAUUUGCAAGCCACUGCUCUCAAACAUCAAAUCUACGAAUGCAGUCAUUCGAAAGGGUGCCGUUGAAGCGCUCGAAACCUUCAUACCCCGAUGCUGCGAUGAGAAAUCACUUCUCAAGGUCGUAGAUGAGGUGAUCACUCCACUGAAAACGCAGAAAAUCACAAAUGUGGAACAACGCGCCCUUCAAGCGCAAGUUUUACGAGCCGUACCAUGCUCCUCCAAUACAUCUCAGGCUAUUCUGACAGGACUUUCCCCUGCCCUUCUCCGCGAAAGCAGUGAGGUUGCGUUGGAGCCCGAGAUUAAGUCCUUCUGCCACCACCUCGCCUUUGUUGUAGCCUCGGGUACCGAUGUCAGCAAGGAACAUUGCAGUACUGUCAUCAAGGGAUGCGAUGAUAAGCGCAUUGGCUUUCGCAAGCUCUGGCUUGUGAACAUGGGCGAGCUAUUCUGGAGCUCUGAUAACUCUGUUAUGCUACCGUCCGAGACCUUUAGCAAAGAGUGCUUACAACCAAUUAUGACCAGGCUACACAAGUUAUUUACCGAAAUUGCUGCGAACCCGCUUCCUUCGUUACAAGGUGGAGCAAUUUCAAUGGCCAAUGUCUUUACUGCUUUAUCAUUCCAGAAGUUCCGAAGUGAGAAUAGUCUACCCUAUUCAAAGGAUAAUAUAUUCACGACUGCCGUAUCGGUUUUACCCAAGCCAUCAUUUUUACUGAACCCAAAAAUCUAUACAAAACUAUCGUCUGCUGAGGAAUUAGAAUGGAACCUCCGAGCAUUAUUCGCGGUGACUAUGCAGCCAGAGUUCUCAAUCUCUGACGCUCAAGUUAAAGAAGCCUGGGCCCAAGCAUUCAUGUACAUGAUCUGCUCUUAUACUUCGUCUCCAAAGGUUCGACAAUGUGCAAUUGACCUGUUACGACAAUGUUACCUUAAGGAGACGGUUUUAAUAGGCACCACUGUCAUAAAUGCCAUAUGGAAAUGGCUAUAUCAUCUGGAUACUAUGGAUAAGGAGGCCGCUGCGGUGCUUUCAGGGACUGGAAAAUCACAUCUUUCUCAUGUUGUGAGAGCAAUGACUCCAGCAGUGUCAGAGAUGGAAGGCUAUGAUUCUAUAAAUAAGAAUGAUCUCGAAUCCCAAUGUAUUCAGCUACUCGUCUUAUGCCGUCCUGAAUUAGUUCCAGGAACUAGUUGGAUUAACGUAUGCUUGAAAAUGGGGGUUGAUCCCGGGAAACUAGCCCUCGAAUAUCCCGACCAGUGUUUAAAUCAAAUACUACUCUCAACUGACGAUCAUUUCCACAAUAAGAUAGUGGAAGCUCGACAGGCAUCUUGGAAUGCUGCUGCUGACCUUGGUUUUGUUGCGCCAGAUGUUAUGAUACCAAAGCUUGUAUCGCAAUUCUAUGAUGAUCUUAAACCCGAGAGGGUAUCACAAUUUUCGGCCACAGAUAUCGCCAUCGCUCGCCACACAGGAGACACGCCGUUUAUUGAUGUGUUGGAUACCAAGGCUAAGAAUUUACCCAGCAAGAGUGCUAAGGACUACGACACUCUUAAGUGGGAAGAAGAACUGCGGGCUGAAGUUGCUAAGAAGCAUGGCCAAAAGCAAAGGAAGCUAACUGCGGAUGAACAAGCUAAAGUUAAUGCCCAGCUGGUGAAGGAGUCUGAAAUCCGAGAUGCUGUCAACGCUGCUGAAGAAAUGAUCAAACGAGGAGCGGGAAUAAUCGAGAGCUUAGCUAAUAGCCCCCCAACUGAUGCGGAAGGUUGGAUUAACCCUGCUUGCAGUUCUCUAUGCAAAUUGGCACAGCUCGGAGGAGGCGUCAUAGUCGGUGAUAGUAUCUCUUCGGCUCUAAUUGCAUGCGGCAAAAAAGCGUCUACCCGUAUCGGAGAGAUGCGACCAUUCGUUGCUAUUGCUACCCUUAGAGCUGUAGGAAAGACAUUCUUAAGAAACGAGCUCGAAACAGAGCCCCUUGGGAGCCUCAUAACUCGAAUAUUGUACCGUCUUCGAAUUCUUUCAGAGCAACGCCCCUUAGAUGUGGUCUCCCUUAGCUAUAUACUUCCCCUAAUUUUCAUAGUUUUGGAAAACGACGGGAUUGAGGAGUCGAAGGAUGAUAGUGGAGAGCAGGUCCUCCUGGCUCUGGAAUUCAUAUCUUUCCACGCGAACUCAUAUUCUGACAUGCGGCUGCCUAGAGUUGAAACGCUACGUCUCCUCAUUAACUCCAUGCGAAAACACACAGAGCACUAUAAAUUAGUUAGAGAUGCCCUCUCGGAUCUUUGCAGGACUAUGGCGGCCAGUAUACAGCCCGUAGAGCUUGAAACCUUACUCCAAGGAUCCAUAUCCCGUGAGAUACCAGUGCGGACCGCUGUUCUUCAGAGUAUAUUAUCUGAAAUAGACUUGACGGACAUUGACUUUUCUGAGUACAUCUGGAUUGCAUAUCAUGACAAUGUGGCCGAAAAUGCUGAAAUUGCCAAAGAAAUUUGGGAGGAGAAUGCUUUAGAUGUUGAUGAACAAUCCCCAGAUUUGAUCAUCAAACACUUAGCAACUGAUGACCUACCGCUACGAUCAGCAGCUGCCAUUGCCCUCGCUCAUGCAUGUGAGCUAUGCCCUUCUGUUUUCUCUACUACACUCAACAAGUUGGAAUCGAUGUAUCGGGAAGAAGUACGCAUGAAGCCUGUACAGACAGAUGCAUACGGAAUGCCUAGAAAGGCUGAUCAAGCUGAUCCCUGGGAAGUCCGGAGUGGAAUUGCACUGUCCUUUGGUGCCAUGGCUAGCGGUUUCAACGGGGAUGGUAUCGUAUCAUUUUUCCGGUUCUUGAUUGACGAUGGGCCAUUGAUAGAUCGCAACGCAUCCGUCCGACGACAAAUGGCUGAGAGUGGGAGUGCUGUUAUUACCUCGCGUGGACGCGAGAAAGUUGAGGAGCUGAUGAAUAUCUUCGAAACCACAUUGGAAACGUCUGAUAAAGAAACUGAGCAGUCGGACUGGCUUAACGAAGCUGUCAUUAUUCUUUAUGGAUCGCUUGCGCAGCAUUUGGUUUCUGGAGAUAAACGCAUUCAGAAAGUCACCCGCAAACUUAUGGAUGCUCUAUCGACCCCCUCAGAAACAGUGCAACUUGCUGUCGCCGAGUGCCUUAUCCCGCUCAUUAGAAUGGAUGGUUCUGAUGCGAGCCAUUUUGUGCAGGAGCUACUCGAUCAGCUAUUUACGUCUAAAAAGUAUGCAGCGCGCCGUGGAGCAGCCUAUGGGCUGGCGGGUAUCGUCCGGGGUAAAGGAAUACUGGCACUCCGUGACUUUGGAAUUAUGUCCCGCCUAACGGAGGCAUCUGAAAACAAGAAAGAAUCCAACCAAAGGCAAGGGGCUGUUCUUGCAUAUGAACUUCUUGCAUUUGUUCUCGGCCGUGUAUUUGAGCCAUAUGUCAUACGGAUCGUGCCACAAUUGCUUACAAGCUUCGGUGACCCAAGUAUUGAUGUCCGUGAUGCUUGUCUAGACGCUGCAAAGGCAUGUUUUGCAAGCUUGAGCUCCUUCGGUGUUAAGCAGAUUCUCCCAACAUUACUAGAGGGCCUGGAUGAUACUCAAUGGAGAAGUAAAAAGGGAGCUUGCGACUUACUUGGGGCUAUGGCUUAUCUUGAUCCCCAACAGCUUGCUCUUAACCUUCCAGAUAUCAUACCUCCGCUUACGGAGGUUUUAAAUGACAGUCAUAAGGAGGUUCGCAACUCUGCUAAUCGAAGUUUACAGCGGUUUGGAGAUGUCAUAAGCAAUCCGGAAGUGAAAAGUUUGGUUUCAAUUUUGCUCAAGGCCCUAAGUGAUCCAACUAAAUACACCGAUGAAGCUUUGGAUGCAUUGAUUAAGAUUUCGUUCGUCCAUUAUCUUGAUGCACCAUCGUUAGCAUUGGUGGUGCGAAUUCUCGAGCGAGGUUUGGCCGAUCGGUCGACGACCAAGCGAAAGGCAGCACAAAUCAUUGGCAGUCUUGCCCAUCUUACCGAGCGCAAGGACUUGAUCUCCCAUUUACCAAUUCUAGUUGCUGGGCUGAAAACUGCUGUCGUUGACCCCGUGCCUACUACUCGUGCAACGGCCUCGAAGGCCCUUGGUUCUCUUAUUGAGAAACUUGGAGAAGAUACUCUUCCAGACCUCAUCCCCAGUCUCAUGGCGACCCUCAAAUCAGAGGCUGGGGCUGGAGACCGAAUGGGUUCUGCUCAGGCUCUUGCGGAAGUGCUUGCUGGCUUGGGCACGUCUCGUUUGGAGGAUACUCUGCCGUCACUUCUGCAAAAUGUCUCCAGUUCAAAGGCAACAGUCCGAGAAGGGUUUAUGACCCUGUUCAUUUUCCUUCCUGCGUGCUUUGGUAAUAGCUUUGCAGCUUACUUGAGCCGAAUUAUCCCCCCAAUUCUUGUAGGUCUAGCGGACGAAGUUGAAUCGAUAAGAGAAACUUCUCUCCGAGCUGGACGGUUACUAGUAAAGAAUUUCUCCACAAGGUCAAUUGACCUGCUUUUGCCUGAGCUUGAACGUGGUUUAGCUAACGACAAUUACCGAAUCCGUCUUUCCUCUGUGGAGCUCAUUGGUGACCUUCUAUUUAAUUUAACAGGCGCCAGUGCAAGCGACGGAGACGAAGAAAUAGAUUCCGCAAUCCAAGCUGGUCAGUCCCUUCUUGAAGUACUCGGCGAAGAGAGGCGCAACAAAGUACUUUCGUCUCUUUACAUUUGCCGCUGCGAUACUUCAGGUUUGGUUAGGAGUGCUGCCAUCAAUGUUUGGAAGGCAUUAGUAGCUACGCCACGUACAUUGAAAGAGCUGGUACCAACUCUUUCUCAAGUUAUCAUCCGACGUCUGGGCAGCUCAAAUAUGGAGCAAAAGGUUAUCGCUGGAAAUGCACUAGGAGAGUUGAUUAAGAAGGCCGGCGAGGGAGUCUUAUCUACCUUGCUACCGGAGCUGGAAGAAGGUCUCAUCACCUCAACCGAUAUUGAUGGAAGACAAGGCAUAUGUCUGGCAGUUCGAGAGCUUGUGGUCUCUUCCUCCGACGAAUCACUUGAGACAUACGAGAAACCACUUAUAUCUAUCGUCAAAACCGCUCUGGUUGAUACCAACAACCAGGUCCGUGAGGCUGCUGCGGAAGCUUUCGACGCACUCCAGCAAUCGUUGGGCAAGAGAAUCGUCGACAGGGUUCUGCCCGACCUCCUACACUUGUUGCAUAACGAGAAUGAUGCUGAACAAGCUCUCUCUGCUCUUCUUACUCUAUUGACCGAGGCAACUAGAGCCAACAUCAUAUUGCCAAAUCUCAUUCCCACUCUAUUGACAAAGCCAAUCACCGGGUUCAAUGCGAAAGCAUUGGCAUCGCUCUCUAAAGUUGCGGGAGGUGGAAUGAAUAGAAGGUUACCAACCAUAUUGAACUCCCUAAUGGACGAGAUGAUCUCUGCAAAGGACGAUGAUCUGAAGUUGGAAAUAAGCGAGGCAUUUGACACCGUACUUGACUCGGUGGAUGAGUUUGACGGAUUAAAUGUUGCCAUGAACGUGAUGCUCACACUGAUGAAACAUGACGAUCACCGACGACGUGCGAGCGCGGCUAUGCAUCUAGCCACAUUUUUUACCAACACAGAACUGGAUAUCUCUCGAUUCUACCCAGAGCUGAUACGUGUACUUCUGAUCUCCUUUGAUGACCACGAUAAGGGUGUUGUCAAGGCAGCCUGGGAGGGCCUUAACCAGCUGACCAAGAGCAUGAAGAAAGAGGAGAUGGAAGUCCUUGUGAACCCAGCACGUCAGGUACUACGACUAGUCGGUGUACCAGGGUCUAAUCUGGCAGGAUUCUCUCUACCAAAGGGAAUCGGUGCCAUACUCCCUAUUUUCCUUCAGGGCUUACUGAAUGGAAACAUCGAACAGCGCACGCAGUCCGCGCUAGCGAUUGGUGAUAUCAUUGACCGAACUAGCCCGGAAUCACUAAAAGCGUUCGUGACUCAAAUUACAGGGCCUUUAAUUCGUGUUGUCUCAGAAAGAUCCGUAGACAUCAAAUGCGCAAUCUUCCUUGCUCUUGACAAGCUGCUGGAAAAGAUCCCUCUAUUUGUCAAACCAUUCUUACCCCAGCUGCAAAGAACUUUUGCAAGGGGACUGGCAGAUACGUCGAGUGAGACCUUGCGGACACGAGCCGCCAAAGGAUUAGGAAUCCUGAUCACAUUAACGCCACGAGUUGAUCCCCUGGUUGCAGCUGCCACAACCAUAGCGAACGCCAGACUUGCUGGAGCUCUGAUCAAAUCACUCCCUACUCCCACGGCUAUUCCGCUUAUCAAAAACCGGAUACUUUCAACGCAGUUGACACAUCAAUCUAUCCUGCGACUGAACGCCAUCCUCGUUGAGUCACCUGCGCUGUUAAGUGAAAACUUUCGAUCAGAGUUACCUUCAGCAAUUUGCCAUGCUAUUAAAAACAGCGAUGUCUUCAUAUCUAAUAACGGUGUCCUCGCGGCUGGUAAAUAUCUUCUGUCUUCCCACGUAGACCGGAAGCCUGAAGACGAGAGAGAGGUGUUUGAAGCUUUAGCAGCCAUAGUGCAGCCGGGUAAACCAGUCGACACUCGACGAUUGGCGUUGGUAGUGUUACGAACGGUGAGUAGAGAGAACCAGGAGAUGAUUGCACCUCAUAGAUCCUUUGUGGUGCCGCCUGUUUUCGGGGGUGUUCGUGAUGUAGCCAUCCCCAUCAAGCUGGCUGCUGAAGCCGCAUUCCUGGCUAUCUUUUCGGUUGUUGAAUUCGAAGGAGCUGUCUUUGAAGAGUACAUGAAAGGCCCAGGAGCAGAGCUCCCAGCUGGGCCUAAACGGAGCAUGCAAGACUACUUUAAGCGUGUAGCACUCCGACUAGGAGGCCAAGCGCGAGAGAGGAGAGAGGCAGAGGGUGGGCAAGGAGGCCUAGGUCUCUCAAGCGAUGAGCUAGAAGACGAAAAGGAGGUAUGGAGCGUAGGCAGGGUGGACCUUGGGGAAUCCUUCAGCGAUGAUUAA